AUGCCCUUUCACCAACUUUAUGAAGAAGAUUCGGCUUCACAGUCGUUGCCUGCUCCCUCCUUCUUCGGUACUUCCGGGUCCACAUCAGUUGAAAAGCUUCUCAGAUAUCUAAAAAUAUGGGACAUAAGACGAAAAGGAUGUAUACAUACAUACAAAGGUCACCCACGUGGGGUCAAUGCAACAAGAUUUACACCAGAUGGUCGUUGGGUGGUAUCUGGUGGAGAGGACAACAGUGUGAAGGUUUUUGAUCUUCUUUUGUUCAUUUUAUAUAGGCUCCAUGAUCAUUUGUUGAAUCUGACGAGAAGUCAUCAAAGUGGUAGAAGUACUCAAGGGAAACACAUUCCUAAGUUAGAAUAACAGCUUACCCCAAAUGAGCAUGCAGAUCUAUACUCUCUUUCGCCAUUACGGACAAAUAUACAGGACACUAUGCUCCAUGGUCGGAGCAUAUACAUUCAAGCCAUUACAGAGGAGCUAAGCGCAUGGUACACAAGGGAUGAUAAGUUGUAAUCGUAGGAGUUCACAUUUAUUACAUUUCCAUAAGAAAUUACCAACUGCUGUUUCGAAAGCUAUGCUUGCUCAUUUCCAACAAGAAACAAAAAAAGAUGGGAGUUUACAUAAACAGGGGAACAAGUGGAGGAAUGGAAAUCAA